UAGUGAAACGCAGAAAAAGCGAGGAACGACGGAAGAAGAAGAAGAGGAGGCGCGAGAAGGAGAAGAAGGAGAAGAGGAGGAAGCAGGAGUUUGCAGGAAAAGAGAAGGGUGCCGACGUCGUCGUCGUCGUCGGCGGCGGCGGCGGAGAAGGCGGAGGAGGAAGCGGAGGAGGAGGAGGCAGCAACGGCGGAGGAAACGGAAAACGAAGAGAAGGAGGAGAAGAAGAUCGAGAAGGAGACGGCGUAGCCAAAGGAAGUGGAGAGGGGUGGUCGGUGGCAAAUAAAGUAGGGAGUAUUAGCUAGAAGGAACGCAGAAAGAGGCAGCUGUAGUAGGGGAGCCGGAGAGACUACACAGUGCAGAAGACGAAGCAGUGCGCUGAGCCACGAGGGGCUAUUCGAGCGAGAAGGGGAGGGGUGACAAGAAGCCCUGGCGGGGAGGGGACGCGGAGGCCUUUGGGGGGCCGACCAACCAGACGGCCGAUGAUGUCAUCGGAGGAGGAGACCGAGUGUUUCGCCCUCUACGGAGCAACCACGGAAAGCAAGCAACAGCAACUUCUGAAGAAGCAGAAGCGCACCAGACAGCGCGUGGACGCCGGCGAGCCGCGCAACAGCUACUCGAGUAUACCGAACUUUAGCUCCCGGCCAUCCUUCCUCGGUGGUGGUCUAUACGGCUCGAUCUUUAGUGGUAGCGGGCCACCCUCGCACCAACAGCAGCAGCAACAGCAACAGCAGCAUCAUCAGUCGCAAUCGCAACAACAACAACAACAGCUCCAGCAGCAGGCUGGAGCGACUGGCAGUCAAAGUCAUUUAGGUACAGCUACGACGGGUCCUACAACCCAGCAGCAUUCCGCCCACGCGGCCUUCGGCUUCUUCGGGGCUCCGGGCUUCGGCCCCGCCAAGAUGCUGAACGAAUUAUUAGGACGGCAAGUCAAACAGGCCAGUGACGCUGGCGGAUCACCGCCAGAGGGCGGUCACGGGAUGACCGGUGCCGGCAUGGAUUCUGCUUCGAAUCUACAACCGGGCGCCGUGGUUAAUUGCGAGGAUCCCGCCACGGCUGAUCUGACGCAGCACAUGCUCCGCGAUAUGCUAUUGCAGGGCCGUAAGCUUUCCGCUCUCGGCGUGCAAGAGCAGCCCAACAAUAACAACAGUAUACAUAGUAACAACAAUAAUAACACUACCGCGGAAUUACUUAAAUCGCAGCAUCAGCAGAGUCCCCAGCAGCAUCAACAACAAAAUAGUGAUAGUGCGCGCAGUGGAACAGUGCAGAGUGGCGGGGAAGAGAGUGGUGAUGGCAAUAAUGUCGUAAAUAGCACGAAUCACAGUGACCGUGAUACCGUGAUGCCAGGUGAUGCUGAAGACAGCGCUGAGGAUGCUGCCUCCGCGGCACGCGCGAUGGAGGAGGCUUUUGCUGAAGCCGGUAUGGAACCAGGGGCAAACUUGGACGGAUCGGAUUGCGAACAGAGCCUACCUCCUAGCCCAACCGCGCCAAGAUCGGGCUCUGUCUCCGUCAAGGAAGAAAUACAAGAGUCGCUAAAUAUCAAACGUAGCCCUAGUCACUCUCCUUGUCCGAUCGUGCCAAAGACCGAGACAAGUUCUCCGACAACGGAGAUUAAGCGCGCCCGCGUGGAAAAUAUUGUCAGCACGAUGCGCAGUAGCCCGGCGCUUCAGCCGGCAACGGUAAACGGUUGUAAAAAGCGCAAGCUUUAUCAACCUCAACAACAGACGGUGCAUCACGUUCUUCAGCAUAGUGUCAAUGAUACCAUGAUAGACGAUGAGGACGAGAGUGAGGAGGAAGAAGACCCGACGACGAUCAGACAGAAACGUGAGGAGAAAGAUAAUUUGAAGAUUCAGCUAAAAAUGUUGCACGAACAAUUGGCGGAGAUGCAACAAAAGUAUAUGGAGCUCUCCAGUAGAAUGGAGCCAGAUACAAGCGAAAGCGGCGGCGACGCACCACCCAGUCCUCCGCCUCAGCCUCAACCACAACCACCACCUAGACCGCCACGACCUCAUCCACCGCCGUAUAACGGCCUCCCAGCUCUUCCACCUGAUCAUCCUCACGCAGCAGCUGCCGCUAUGUAUCACAUGGGACACAAACUCUAUUUUGAGCAACAACACGCCGCUCUCGAGAGAAUGAAACAACAUCAAGAAGUGGCCGCGAGGCAACAGCAGCAACAGCAGCAGCAGCAGCAACAGCAGCAGCAGCAGCAGCAGCAGCAGCAGCAGCAGCAGCAACACCAACGGCAAAAUUCGCCACCGCCACCGAGUCAAUCUCAGCAACAAAGUCAGAACAACACUGGACCCCCGACGCCGCAGACGCCGCAGAUGCAAUCAGCCAACACGCCUAUUCAACAUAAAGACUUCCAGGAAAGGUUAAACGUCUUCAGGGGUGCCGCUGCGGCAGCCAGUUCGUCUGGUCCUCAUAUCACCGGAGCCGAUUUAGAAGGCUUAGCGGAUAUCUUGAAGACGGAAAUAACCUCUUCAUUAACCAAUUUGAUUGACAGUAUAAUUGCGAGGUUUGUGCAACAGAGGAGGUUUAUCGGUAAGCAGACCGAGGCAGCGCAGGCUGCCGCCGAGCAGCUGAACAAGGACCUCCUUUUGGCGAGUCAAAUGCUCGAGAGAAAAUCACCCAGGACGAAAGUAGUUGAUAGAGGAGCGCCGCAACCACCCGGUGGCCCAAACGGGCCACGGGGGCCCCUCAACGGUGGGCCCCCUCCUCCACAGUCCACGGGGUUCUCGCAAAUCGGGUCCAUAGGUGGUGUGCCCCAUGGUCAUCAUGCUGGCCCCACAGAAAACAACCUUAAUCAGAUGAAUCAACUGCCCUCGCAUGCAAGACCGAGCGUUGGAAUGUUUCAGACGCCAAAACCACCAACGAUAUACGCCAUGGCUUCCAUGCAGGCGCAGCAGCAACAACAACAUCAACAGCAGCAUCAACAACAGCGCGAACAACAACAAAGAGAGCAACAACAACGCGACCAAUAUUGCAAUAUGAGAAACGACGAGAGAGAAAAUAGGGACUCGGAGCAAAACGAGGCCCUGUCACUUGUCAUGACGCCGAAGAAAAAACGUCAUAAGUACGCUUUACAGGUGACGGAUACGAGAAUUACUCCGAGGACGGUGUCCAGAAUCCUAGCGCAAGAGGGAAACGGAUCGCAAGGAGGUAGUGAUAGUCCCCCGCCUCCUCCACCACCGAGACCCUACCACGCGCCACCACCGAUGCUGCCGGUGUCCCUGCCAACCAGUGUAGCGAUACCAAAUCCAAGCCUCCACGAGAGUCAAGUAUUCUCGCCCUAUUCGCCGUUUUUCAAUCCUCACGCGAGUCAUCCUGGUCAAGUACCACCUCCGGGGCCACAUCAUUUACCUGCGAGUCCUCCGGGUGGCGGUGUAGAACUCAGGGAUUCUCCUCCACUGCCCCAUCCGCCGGCUAUGUUGCAUCCAGCACUACUGGCGGCAGCUCAGCACGGCAGUCCGGAUUACGGACACCUCAGGAUGGACAGCAACGACCGAGCUAGCGACUGCAACUCCGGUGACAUCACUUACGAUGGAAUUCAGCCUACAUCGUCGACGCUGACGCCGAUGCAUCUGAGGAAGGCGAAGCUGAUGUUCUUCUGGGUCAGGUACCCGUCCUCGGCCGUCCUUAAGAUGUACUUCCCCGACAUCAAGUUCAACAAAAACAAUACAGCGCAGCUGGUCAAGUGGUUCUCCAACUUCCGAGAGUUCUACUACAUCCAAAUGGAGAAAUACGCGAGACAAGCGGUUUCGGAAGGUGUGAAGAACGUCGAGGAUCUACGAGUCGGUGGUGACUCCGAAAUCUACCGGGUUCUUAACCUUCACUACAACCGUAAUAACCACAUUGAGGUAUGGGGUCCCCAGGUACCCAGCAACUUUAGGUACGUUGUGGAGCAAACGCUGAAAGAGUUCUUCAAAGCGAUUCAGGGCGGCAAGGACUCCGAGCAAAGCUGGAAGAAGUCCAUCUAUAAGGUGAUCUCGAGGUUGGAUGAUCCAGUGCCGGAGUACUUCAAGAGUCCCAACUUCCUGGAACAACUCGAAUGAAUCAGGAGGUCGCGUGGCUCUUGCUCUUCGUGGUGCGCGGGCUCGCCUGCGCUCGUCGGCUCCCGAUAAUCAGGAACGACCAACGAGGAAGGAUCGCAUCCGCUAGGAGGUACAUGUCCUUCGCGUAGUGCGUGUUCAGGUAUCCUUAAAUAACAUAUCGCAGAAACGAACGUGAGAGAGAACAAAGGCUAGGAAGGGAGAUGAGAUACGGACAAAGCCAAGAAACGGAGGCACCGUCGACGUCCAAGAGCGACGUCAAGAUGCCAACGAAGGAUCAGGCUGUGACUGAAUCAAAAGGGAGAAAUGGAAGAGACACACACAUACAUACAUAUACACAAAAAAAAAAAAAACAUUAUCUAUGGCGAAUCUACGGCCGAUGAAAUUCGAAAGCCAUAAAAUGUCGAACGCUCAUCGACGUUCCUCUUGUUUCAACCGAACGAGCAUGAGAAGGUGAACCUGGGACUAGACGAAGAAGCAUCGACGAAUGCGUGAUCAACGAACGGCGAGGAUAGAUAGCUUUUAGCGUCGAUUUUGUCCGUUGAUCUGUUUGUAACGUAGGAUAAUUGUUUUGUUACCGCCUAAUUUUACAUCACACGAUAGGGACUUAAGGACGAUGACACUGCUGGGGUUGCACUUACAGAGAGAGAGACAGAGACGUUCGGAACGUUUGCGAGUAUAUCCAAAAAUUAACUAAGUCAAAUUCAGAGAAUCUCACGGCGGUUCUUCUUCUGAUUCCAACGAGAACCGGAAGUGGAACCUUCGUCGAUCAAGAACGAUGCAGGACAGGCAGCAAUUUUUCUCGUCCUGCACCGUUCUAUAUAAAAACGAUACGUUUGUAAAAAAAACCUUGCACUAAAACUAUUCCGGAUAAUUCUAUCUUAAGCUCUGCAAGUGGCUUCGAUUUUGUAAAAAUCGAUGCUCUCUGAUAAAACCCUGGAAAGAACUUUCUAUCGAUGAAUGAAUGAAUAAUGGCAGUUCAUAUUUCGAUAAGAAGAUACUUUUACUGCAAUUUGUGUAGCAUGCUUCUUCUUUUUUCAAAAGAAAUUUAAUCCUCGUUAUAAAUACGUAAAUACGUUUAAUUAAAAAUAUGAGGUUUGCCUCGAUGCUUUUCGAUUUCAAAGAAAUAUCAAUUUUUAUUAUAUAUAUAUAUUGCGUACGUAAUUUUUUUUAUCGCGUACAAUUAAUCGACACAAGUUUCGAAAUCGACGUGAAAAUGCUUGGCUAUUAAAUUACAAUGCGCGUGAUUUGAAUCUGAUAAAAAAACGGCGUAAAAAAACAAUCGUGCACGCGCUUAUAUCGAUACCAAAGAAAUGAAUCAACUUCAUGAGAACCAAACCGAAAUAUCGAUCGCAUAGAUAAUCAAGCGAUCCGUUUAUAGCAAUUUCCGCACGAAGAACCUGUUCCUAUCUGCCGAGGAAGAGAUUCCUCCGUCCUUUUCGUUUCCCCAUAUUUUUCUUCUUUCACUCGCCGAGUACUAUAUUUAUUGGGCCGAUAAAGAAUCGUAAAAAGUAAAUACGUUGCAUUGAGAGAAACAGUGCACGGGUCAAUAUACAUAGCUGUUUUUAUUAAUGGUUGAUUGUAUAAACGAGAGAUUAGGUUAAUCGCAAUGAGACGAGAUUAGGAAUAAUACGGGCGACAAAGAUGCACAGACCGGGUGUAACAGAUUCUCUGCUACACGAGGAUUGUGCGCCGGCAGCAUUCCAA